AUUCGUCAUUUAUUAAAAGAAAAAAAACCAGGUAAAAUUGCGAAUCACCCUGUGAAUUUUGCAUCUGUCUUUCUAAAUCUUGUCAUCAAUUGAGAUAAUUUAAGUAAAAGAGCUUACAGUGGUGGAAAGAUUGUCUAUUUCUGCACGAAAUGUGCACCUAAUUAUACACCAAAUUAGUGCGAAGGCACAAAGAAUACAGAAAAUUCAAGUUUAUGUGUGAGAAAGAAGAAAAGAAAAGAAAAAAAAGAAAGGAAACAAUGACACUAUCAGUGAACAGUGGCAGUCAAUAAAGGCAAAAUAAAAUAAAAUAAAAGCGUUCAAUUAUUAUUAGAUACUUGAAGGAAUUUGGAAAGAUCUACGUAACUGGGGGGCCGUAAAAAUGCGAGUGGACAACAUGGAUCAAGCACGACCAAUACAAGUGAUAACAACUGGAGAGGAUCACACGUUUCUGCUGGAGGAGGAUGCUCUGACGGACAUCCUGCUGCAGGAGGAUAUCAAGGAUCGCUUUGUUGUGGUGGUUUCGGUAGCUGGAGCCUUUCGCAAAGGCAAAAGCUUCCUUCUUGACUUUUUCCUGCGAUACAUGUACUCAACGUAUGUUCAGCAAACGCGGACCAAAGAUUGGCUUGGCGGGGACACAGAUCCUCUGAAGGGAUUCUCAUGGCGUGGGGGUUCAGAGAGGGAUACAACGGGCAUCCUAAUGUGGUCAGAUAUCUUCCUCCAUGACUUUCCCAAUGGGCAGAAAGUUGCCAUAAUCCUCCUGGAUACACAGGGUGCAUUUGACAGUCAGAGCACGGUGCGCGAUUGUGCCACAGUAUUUGCUCUCAGCACCAUGGUAUCCUCUGUGCAGAUCUUCAAUCUGUCCCAGAACAUUCAGGAGGAUGAUCUGCAGCAUUUGCAGCUGUUCACAGAGUACGGAAGACUGGCUCUGGCUGAUUCUGGCAAGACACCCUUUCAGCGACUUCAGUUUCUCGUGCGUGACUGGAGUUUUCCCUACGAGGCGUCGUAUGGGGCUCAAGGGGGCGAAAUGAUCCUCAAGAGACGUCUCGAAGUAUCUGAUAAGCAACAUCCUGAAUUGCAAUCACUCAGACGACACAUAAAGUCCUGCUUUAGUAGAAUUGCGUGCUUCCUGAUGCCACAUCCGGGUCUGACAGUAGCAACAAAUCCCAAAUUUGACGGAAGACUGGCAGACAUUACGGAUGAAUUCAAGGAGAGUCUGCAGGAGUUGAUUCCGCAAAUUCUGGCACCGGAGAAUCUCGUUGUGAAGGAGAUCAAUGGACAGAAGGUCAGGGCUAGGGAAUUGAUUCAGUACUUUAUCUCGUAUAUGAACAUCUACAAAGGGAGUGAACUGCCGGAACCUAAGAGUAUGCUAGUGGCCACGGCGGAGGCCAAUAAUUUGACUGCAGUGGCUGAAGCUAAGGAUCUCUACGUCAAUCUGAUGGAAGAUGUCUGCGGAGGAACGAAGCCCUUCCUCAGCAAUGGGCACUUGGAUGCUGAACACCAGAGGAUCAAGGAGAAAGCUUUGCAUCAGUUCUCGGCCAAGAGGAAGAUGGGUGGUGAGGAGUUCUCGGAGAAGUAUCGUGAGAAAUUGGACAGUGAUCUCGAGGAGGCAUUUGGUAACUUCCGUGCUCACAACGAGAGCAAAAAUAUCUUCAAAGCAGCCCGAACGCCGGCUGUUUAUUUUGCAAUAGCCGUUGUCAUGUACAUCUUGAGUGGCAUCUUCGGUCUAUUUGGAUUGUAUGUCUUUGCAAAUUCUGCAAAUUUAAUCAUGGGUGCUGCUCUCCUUACUCUCGCCAUGUGGGCUUACAUAAGGUACAGCGGUGAAUUGAGUGAUUUCGGAUCGAAGCUCGAUGUGUUGGCGGAUUUCUUGUGGGAAAAUUGGCUCAAACCUUUCUAUCAGGGAUGCAUGGAGAAGGGCAUUCAGCAUGUGGCCACUCAUGCAGUUGAGACGUCAGUGGGCGGAGGGACAAAUCGUCAAAACUCUUCCCGAACAUCAAGGGAACAUGCGUCAAAUGGUAAAGUAAAGAGCUCAUGAGAGUACGUGAAUGCGAGACAACAAAAUUCAGCAUCACAUCAGUUGCAAAAUCGUAAAAAGUCGAAAAAGUUUGUGCCUAAUAAUAAAAUCAAUAAUUGCUGAUAAGAUUCUUCCCUUCGAAAGAAAAAAGGACAAUUAAGUAAGUUUUUUUCACGAAUUAAUUUCUCCGGCAAAUAUUUCCGACGUGAAUUUCUGCAGUGAAUAAAUUAAUUGCAUGAAGUGAGAUAGUUUUGAGAUUCACCUUCUGGAAAUAGGACCAUCCAAAUAUUUUAUCCUCUUGUUGGGCACAAAUUGUCAAGUUUUGAGCUUGAAUCCUCCUAAAAGACAAUUGAAAAAAAUGAAGAAGCUCCAAACGAGAUUUAAUUUUAAAUUGAAAACCUUCAAGAUGUGCAUGACAUUUUUUCGACUCAAUAUUUUUUAUUUUUGUUUUUUUUUCCUUUUUGUUGUAAUUUAUAUCAGUGACGAAUUAAUAUUAAUAACUGUUGAUUAAAAAGAAAAUGAUGAACGUAAUUGGUGGAUAAGGAAGCAAGAAGAAAAACACGAUGACAGUCUGUAAAUUUUUCAUUUGAAUUUAUUUAUUAAACAAUUUGUUUUGGAUAGUUCUUCCAGAGAAUAAAAUGCUGUAGAUUUUUUUCACAUUAUAUUUUUUUUUUUUGGUUCUUUCAACGAGAAAUAACAUCGCUAUUAUGUCAAUUUAUUUGUACCUUUUACUUAAAAACAAAUAAAAAGAAACCUGUAAUAUUGUGAA